AUGCCGCCCGGUCAACUCCUAGAACCGUCGCUCACCGAGUCCGACUUCACCCUCUCCUGCCUCGCCUCUGGGAUUCGAUCCGAUGGCCGAUCCUUCCUUACCCCUCGACCGCUGUCCAUCAGCUUCGGUGCUGAAUUGGGCAACGUGCACGUCACGCUCGGCGACACACGCAUCGCCACGUCCAUCCGAGCGACCCUAUCCCCACCUCGAGCCGAUCGACCUUACGAAGGGUUUCUCACCAUCACAUCCGACAUUUCGCCCAUGGCGGGAACGGAAUACGACGCUUCGGGGGGCGCAUCCUCCUCUGCGCGGGCGAGAGAGUUGUUGUUCGAGCGACUGGUGGAGAAGGCUGUUCGACGAACCGAGGCGGUUGAUAGGGAGAGUUUGUGCGUUGUGGCGGGCGAACAGGUGUGGGAUGUCCAAUUGACGCUUCAUCUUCUCUCGGAUGCGGGGGGCGCAUUGGACGCUGCUGUGCUAGCCUGUUUGGCGAGUCUCCGCCAUUUCAGGCGCAACGACGUCAGUGUCGAAGGUGGCAAAGUCCGCCUGUUCGGGUUGGACGAGAGGGUAGGCGUACCACUGGCGAUUCACCACACUCCAUUGUGCGUUAGCUUUGCGCUGUUCGAUAACGUCCUCCCCCCCACCGCGGAGGGCGAGGACGAAAAAGCAGCAAGCACAGGUUCAGUCGCACUCCUCGACCCAUCCCUGCUGGAAGAACAGCUGGCACAGUCCAAGUUGACCCUCGUGCUCAAUGCGCAGCGCGAGAUCUGCGUGCUCGACAAAUCGUACGGCAGCCCCAUCGACCCAAGGCUGCUAUUGGACUUGAUACAGGUCGGACUGCGGAGAGUGCAGGAACUCACAGAAUCGCUCGAUGAGGCGUUGAGACGCGAUGCAGAGACGAGGGUCGUAGAAGUCAUCUAA